AGUGUUUGACAGAAACAUGGACUCGGGGGUCUUCUUUAUAUGAAGCUGUAAUUUAUGUCAUAGAUGGCCUUUUGCUGUGUUUUUGAGCGGGUUCACCACACUGGAGCAUAUACUACUUAUAGAAAGUAGUGUUUUGCAUGUACAUUAGGUUUUAAGAGCAUCGUGCAAAUGUUUCAGCAUGUCAUAAAUGGUCUUGUACAGUGGUUUUAAAUAAGUUCGCAACAAUAAUGCCAUAAGGAUGCACUGGAUGGUCAUGGAGAAUACUAGAUUACUGAUGAGUGACUUUAAUUAUUAAUUCCACUAGUUGCUACUUAGAAUAUAUAUAAUAUUCCUUAGUUUUCUGUAAUUAAAAUAGCUUUUGAUGAGUGGCACAAAUUUAAAAAUAGAAAUAGAUCUGCAAGACCUAAGUCUUACAGUACUAUUGUUCAACUGAUUCAAUCACGUGAACUUCAGCUGAUUAUCUAUGGGUCACCAGAUCAGCAACCAUAAGCAUCUACUGUGUUUAGGAAUAAGCAUCUACUGUGUUUAGCUUAUUUAGUUUAUUUUAGUUUAUUUUGCACUUUGUGUAUUGUAGGAGCACAAAACGCCAAACUGAUUCUCAGUUGAAUUGGGACAGUGGGGAGGUACAGACACCAUUUAAUUGAAGCUGUUGAACUGUAUGUUACAUGUUAUAGUUUUCUAGUUUUUGUAAACGAUUUCAUGACCUCUCUAUAUCUCCUUAAUGAUUCACUAAGUUUAUUUAUUCAUAUACUCCAAUGAGUAGAAAUAUUACUUCAAGAAGCUGGCACAUGGGGCGGUAUGGUGGUGCAGUGGUUAGCACUGUUGCCUCACACCUCUGGGACCCAGGUUUGAAUCUCCACCUGGGUCACAUGUGUGCGGAGUUUGCAUGUUCUCCCCAUGUCGUCGUGGGGUUUCCUCCGGGUACUCCGGUUUCCCCCCACAGUCCAAAAACAUACUGAGGCUAAUUGGAGUUGCUAAAUUGCCCAUAGGUGAGCAUGAGUGAAUGGUGUGUGAAUGUGCGCUGCGAUGGGCUGGCCCCCCAUCCUGGGUUGUUCCCUGCCUCGUGCCCAUUGAUUCUGGGAUAGGCUCCGGGCGACCCAGUAGGAUUAGUGGUUUGGAAAAUGGAUGGAAGCUGGCACAAAUAAUUGCAAGAGUUGUUUCUGUUCCCAUAAGCAUGUGUUUUAUGCAUUGACAUUGUCUGAGAGGUCAGUGAUCUUGGUCCUAAGCCUGCCCAAAUUAUGAAUUAUGACAAUGAUUCUAGCAGUUUUUAUUGACUGCUGGUCUAGAUAUUAUUUUUUGUGUUUAUCUGAACUUCUUCAUUUAAUCUGUUUUGAAGGUAGCCACCAAACUUGAUUUUUGCAAGACAGGGGGUCACAGAUCAUCAUUUCCAAAUGAGAAUGUUGAGAAGCAGCCCUGUAAGCAUGAGGUCAUCCAUGCAAAUUUUUCAAGCAUGGACAAAUGUUCUGCAUGUUUUGGACCUGUGGCGCCACUCAAGUGGAUUGGUCUGAGGUGUAAAGUGUGCUCUAAAUUUUGGCACAAGAACUGCUUUGCAAAAUUUGAAAAGAAUGAUGAAGAACCACUUUCAUGGGAUAUAGGAUUUUCAAGUUCUGAUGAGGAAGUGUCACUCUCAGAUGAGGAAUAUGUCCCAGACUCAGACAGUGAAUCGUGCAGUUCAGUGGAGUUAGCAGCAGGAUAUGUAAACAAUGUCCAAAACAAAUGUUCCUCAAAUGAACAGAACGUGAAAGUUGCCACCUCAGAGUGCACCAAAUCUCAGAAAACAAAGUUGAACCAGGAAGGUGUAAGCAAAGGUUCACAGUAUUUGAAGGCCAGGAAAGUGUCUUGUUUAAAUGAGGAUGAUUUAUUUUGUUGUCUGGAGGAGUUGACAAGUGGAGAAUCAGACAAUGAGUCAGACAGUUCUGCAGAAGGGACAGAUUUACUUUCAAGCACCAGUCAAGUUAAACGCCUUUCAGAGAUCAAAAGAUCAUCAAAAGUUGACGCUUUAAUUAAUAGAUCAGAUCGUGUUUCUUUGCCCAGAAAAGACCAUAAAACACCUACAAGUGAACAGCAGUUGGAAAUAAUAGGUGGUACUAGUGCACUUGAUUUGCCUGGAGAUUAUAAGGAUGUAUCAGUGGCAGGAGCAAAGGGUAACAUGGCUGGAGCUGAGAAAUGUCUUCAAUCAUCAGACAUUUCUUGUUCUGAAAAUAAGAAUUACUGUUACAUUUGUGGGAAACCACAGUCAAAAAUAUCUCGUCAUUUAAAAACCCAUUUGACUGAAGUUGAAGUUGCAGAAGCACUGUCAUUUCCAAAACGCUCAAAAGAACGCAAAAGACUACUAGAAAAAAUUCGGAACAAGGGGAACUAUCGGCAUAAUUCCAAUGUAUUAGAGAAAGGAAAUGGGUUGCUUAAAGUAAAACGAAGGCCAAACAAAGAUUGUGAUUCAAAACAGUUUGUGCAUUGUAUGUACUGCAAAGCAAUGUUUGGGCGUAAAGAACUAUGGCGACAUGUGAGAAGAUGUUCCUCAAAGCCAGGUUCAGUAAGUGAACAUCAGGGACGGACCAGAGUGUUGGGUUUGGCUGCCAUGGCAGAGUCUACAUCUUUGCAGCAGAUAUCUGGAGGAGUUUGGAAGCUCUUGAGUGCAAUGAAGCAAGAUGACAUAUCUUCUGUUGUACGCAAUGACUUCUGCAUUCUUCAGCUAGCGCAGUCAUUCUUCAACAAACAUGGAAAUGACCCUACCAAGUUUGAAUAUAUUCGUCAGAAGCUUCGAGAAAUUGGGAGGUUUUUGAUAACAUUGCGCAGUGAGUCCUCUAUAUACAGCCUUGAGGAAGCUAUAAAACCAGCUAAUUUCCAGCAUGUUAUUGAAGCUGUGAAGAAAGUGUCAGGUCAUGACGAAGAAAAAAACUACUACCAAAGGCCAAGCCUAGCAUUGAAAUUGGGCCACACAUUGCAAAAGGUCUGCGAGCUCAUCCACUGCAGAGGUCUAAUGGCAGAAGAUGAAGAGUUAAUUAAGUCAACUGAGACAUUCAGAAAGCUAUAUACCACCAAGUGGUCUGAGCUAAUAUCACACAGGGCUUUAAGCACAAUGAAUGAAGCAAAAUUCAAUAAACCGUCAACACUGCCUUUCACUCAUGAUGUUCAGCUCCUUCAUAAACACCUGGAAACUACUGCCAAUGCAGCAUCUGAAAACCUGAAAAAAACAUCAUCAUCACAAAGUUAUGCAGAACUUGCAAAAGCUACCCUUGCAAGGGUAAUUAUUUUCAAUCGUAGGCGUGCCGGUGAAGUAUCUAAAAUGCAGCUCAAAAGCUUCCAGGAAAGAGAGAACACACUACUUCACGCAGAUGUUGCAGUAGGUCUUUCCAAAUUUGAGCAGAAACUCUGUAGUCAUUUUAGUAGAGUUGAAAUCAGAGGUAAAAGAGGUCGAAAGGUUGCUGUCCUCCUCACACCAGAUAUGGUAGAUGCCCUAACACUUCUGGUGAAUAAAAGAACAGAGUGUGCGGUUCAGGAUAACUGCUUCUUGUUUGCUAGACCCAAAUGCCAGAGUCAUUACAGAGGUCAAGAUUGCUUGCGGCUCUAUGCAACUCAGUGUGGUGCUCAAAAUCCACAACAUCUCAGGUCAACACAUUUGCGCAAACACGUGGCCACUCUAUCACAAAUUCUUAAUUUGAAAAACAAUGAAUUAGAUCAAGUUGCUGACUUCUUGGGGCACGAUAUUCGUGUACACCGUGAGUAUUACAGGCUUCCAGAAGCGACAACUCAGCUGGCAAAAAUAUCCAAACUUCUGCUUGCUAUGGAAAAAGGGUGUCUCCCUAACUUUCAAGGCAAAUCACUCGAUGAAAUUGAAAUUGAAGAUGAGAUCAACUUAACUGAUGGCAGUGAUGGAACUGAACCUGACAGUGAUACAGAGGAUGCUACCUUGGGCACACCAAGACUGAAUGAAAGUCAAAGCAUUCAGCCAGCUACAGAAGAUAAUGCUGGAGGCUCAACAGAUUCCAUCAGUGGUCUCUAGGGAGGUCAUUUUUCUCAGUGAGUUUUAGUGGUGGGGGACCUUUGCUGAAAAAGAGCCAUAUGGAGAGCUACUCUGGAUCAAUCUGGAUUUCCCUCUGUCUCCCAUCAAGUAACAUUCAUGUAGUGACAUUCAUGCUGUUUCUCUUAUUUGCAAUAUUCUAUGUGUUGAAUUCUUGCCUUAUUUAGCCAGUUAAUAUGUGUAAUUAAUUUGGGUAUGACCUGGGUAUGAAUCCAUCUUUAAACCAUUGUGAAGCUCAGCUUUCUAAACCUUGGAUAACAUAACUUUUAAAUGUCUGUGUGCUAAUUAAAUGGAAUAAUGUUAAGUUUAACAUUACUACAGAUUAUAGCACAGGAAUUCUGGUGUCAUUCUUCAUAAAUGACUAUUUUUAUAUCCUUUGUAAUUAAUACACAAAUUUAGCUUUUCGAUACAGGUUGUAUGCAUUCUUUACUGAAAGAACUGCCCUACACAUGCAACUGUAGUAAAUUAUAUCCCAGCUCAACAUUAUCAUUCUCAGCAAUCUCAUGUAUAACUACUUCAGUUAUUUGUAUGUGUUUGCAUCUAAAUAAUACUGACUGAUUUGUUUUUUUUCUGUGACAGUGGGCCAGGUUUUUACAGCAGCAAUUAAAACCUCAAAGAAGAAGUCGCGAACACAGUGGUCAAAACAGGAGGUGACAGCUGUAUUGAAACAUUUUAAAGAUCAUAUAACCAAAGGAAAACUGGCAACAAUGGCAGAGUGUCAGCAGUGCAAGUCAGCUGAGGACCCUGUUCUGGCAGGGCGCACUGUACAAAAUAUAAGAGAUUUUGUUAGAAAUAGAGGGAUCACACUAAAAAGGAAAACCAUGUCUAAUUGAAUAUAUAUUAUUUUCUAUAGAGGCAAAAAUGCCAAGGAGAAAAAUAUUGUUUAUUUCUAAUUUUUGGGGAGUAAAGAAUUUGCCCUCGUGUCAUGCACUCUUAAGUUGCAGAAAGUCUUUUGUUACAAGUUAUAAUAAAAAAUUAAUUAUUUUAAUAUUAAUAUUUUAAUUUCACGUUAGUACUUGUGCAUAAGUAAUCUGCAUUUCAUUAAUCAGGAAAAAAGUCAUUUUUGUUUUUGUGCAUAUUCGAGGUCCAAUAAAACAUCACUGACCUUCUAGCACAGUGAAUGGA